AUGGCUCUGUUUGGAUUUCCCGAGAACUUUUCUGAUUACAGUGCUAAGCACUACCUGCGUAUCGUGAUUAUUAUCUGUAUCUACCUGGUAUUAAGGCCCCAUCUAGUGAAGUUUGGAGAGCGGAUCCAGGAGAAGCGGGCUGCUGAGGCUGCCAGCAAGAUCGAGGCUGAGGGUGCUGGAGACGAAUCCAGUGCCACGGGGGUUGCUGGUUCCGAUAAAGCUGGUCUGAACAAACGAGGCGAUAGCAAGAAAGUGACUUUUGUUGACGAUAUGGAGAGCGAUGAGGACGUUUCUGAUUUGCUCGAGUAA